CGGACGGUACGUCCGGUGCUGGUGCGCGACCACCUCCACCUUCCGCGUCCUCCGUGCCCUCCGAGGCCGGUUCCCGCUGGUGUUGUGCUACGUCGAGCCGAUGCUGAAGCCGGCUCCAUAGUACCGCGGCAUCUGCUAAUCAAAUCGCACAUUCCUCGAUCGCGUCGCGUCUAUCCUCGAUCGGGCAGCGAAAAGAUCGCGAGAACUGGAUCCGCGCGUCCAUGACAGUGCUGACGAGUCUCGCGGAGGAGCGACGAGCGAGAACGACGCGAUAAUUCGUAUCGGGGCCCGAUCUCGCCGAUUAAGCGUCGAGUGAUUGAGUUUUAUAUCAAGAAGCAAGAAAGAAACCACUGCACGCUAAUCGAUCGCAUCGAUUUAUUGCUGGAAAAAGAAGUACACUUUUCACAGCUACUCCCUUACAUCUCAUUCACGGAACGAUAUUCGGCUGGAUGAGUGAGUGUUGAUUCUCAGUGGAAACGUGUUUCGGUUGGAACGAGGAUUUCCUUUCAGUUUCAGCAUUUCAGAGCGUCGAGGUCGCUGAAGAGUUAUCGUCGCUCACUUGUAUUUCCAGAUUUGAAGGGAAAGUUCUCAAUAGGGUACUUCUGCAGGAAGUAACGCGUGUCUUCUCGCAAUUGGAGGCUUAAACUAAUCGUCGAUCCUCGUGGUUAUUAUUAUUCGCACGAACCUUGAGCGAAAUUACGGAGAACCUCCAUUUUUGGCGUCCCGGAUCGGACACAAAAUGCGAAGAUACCGAACCGAGCGAGGAGGAUCAGUGGCGGUCAUCGUGGAGUGUCAUCGAACGCGCUCGUAGAGGCAGACGGGGCGAUCGGGACGGGCCGCUUCACCGAUGGGAAGGAAAAAACGGGCAGGACAACGUGGCAGGUCGAAGAUCGCGAUCAAGAGGCCGCGGAAUUCGGCGUUUCUUACCGGCCGACGGGGCUGACCGCAUAUUCGGGCCCAACCGGGUGGAGCAGAUCGGCAGACAGGGACUAGAUCGACCGCGAUCCUCCGUGUUUUUCUUCGGCCGACGGCCGAGGCUCACGUCGGGAUUCGCGAAAUUUACAUCGACACGCGUAUAAAAACCGGCUCGCUACCGAUCACGACGCGGGGAUGCGAUAUCGACGAGAGUCGAGGGCGGUCGAAUUCCUACGGACAAACCCCCAGCGUCGUUGUUGGUCGCGAUCAGCAAAUUUCAGCCACAGAACAACGAUCGUCGAAGAUAUUUCCCAGUGUGCACGGGAUCAGAAGCGUGAUUGCCGGGUUAGAAGUGUGACUGCAUGGGAAUAAUCAUUAAAAGAGACGCGUUUAAAUGUUCACUGAAAAGAGAUGAAAAUUGGACAAUUUUCUAGGAGAAAGUUUCUCGUAAAAAUUGGUAUCAGCGCCUAAGAACUCGCGCUUUGAACAAUGUUGUUUCGUUAUCAGAAGACAGUGACGACAGUUGUAUACUUAAUACAGAACCGAAUUGCUACAAGUCGGCGCACACGUAUAGCACUGACGAAAUUGUCCCAAGAGGGGAAAAUUGCGAUCAGAUUCGACGCGCAAUCGUCUUAAGGCGACACGCGCCACGUUCCGAGUAAAUAGCUUAUCACGCACUAUCGUUCGCAUGUAAAGGAGCGUUUUAUCAGCGCGAUUUAUCCAGAAGCGAGUGCUUCCAGAACCGGACGAUAAGCUGCGCGUGUCGGCGCGAAGUUCUUCGGAUUCGGUGGAUCUCCGUCCGGUGAAAUCGGUGUUACGUAUUCAAGGUUACGGUCGCGAUAAACCCGGUCUCGCGAGCAGCCCGAUAAGCGGCCGAUCUCGGGGGGCACCGACGAGUGCGCGGCUGGCUGCAGGCCCGCUCGGACCCUGCCGGAAGGAGCGGCGCUUCGACAGCGAUUUCCGGCCUGUUCGCGCCGUUGCUGAAAAGAAGCGACGGGCAACUCAGGGCGCUGCACUCCGCCGUAGCAAAGAACAGGUGACGCGAACUUGACUCGACUGGACUUGACGCGAGAUCAUCGUGUAUGUCAAGACGGGGAGAUAGCGUUUAUAGCAAGUGCAAGAAAAAGAAGAAGUGACGUCGACUUCGCGCGACUCGCCACUGAAGUGAACUACUCGCGACCAGGGGACUACCGUCGGCGGGACGCGUGGUCCGGUUUGUCUGUCUGUGCUCGUUCUUAAUCGACUGCAACCGUGGACUGUUAAUAUAAGAUUGAUUUAGGAUCCAACUGGGGCAGAGCCACGGUUUUGCCAGAUAAUUAACUCGCAGUGUGUUUGAAACGGCAAAAUUGGGACUUCAGUCAGAUGAUACACGCUUGAUGUUCAAUGUGUGAUGCCUUCGUUGAGUGUAACGAGAUAUUAGUUACUACAGAAAACCACGGCUUUUCAUGUUAGUCUGGAGGGAAAAGUCGCGUGGCGGCUGAAAAAUCGCGUGCGCGCUCGCCGGUCGUGAACAGCUUCGACGAUAAUAAAUCGCGCGGUGGUGUUGGACUAUUUGCAAGCAACCUGUUCGAGUCUCGCGCGCAAUGAGCUCGUAAAACACGAGCCCUGAGAAGCAGGUACAGCGCGCCAGGUAACAGAGAGGAAAGCGUGCCUCCUCUGACUGCAUCGCUUAUGAUCGUGAUGAACUUCGCGAAGACUCUUCUUCGUGCGCGAAUCUCCUUGGAAUGAGGUGAAAACCACAAAUGAUUGAUGACCGAACAAAGUGGUCGAUACGAAUGAGUGAAGUUUGGUACGCGUCUCUCUUGUAUCGGGAACCAAAUCGUGCCCAUUUGUGCACAUCGCUCGAGAGAAAGAGAAAGAGGACUACGACGGAUCGUUGGGGUCGUGGUGAAGAUUGAUGCAAUGUCUGGGGAACGUGAGUGAAGACAAACACGCGCCUAAUUGAACGACGAAUCUGCAAUUCGAGGAAAACUGCGCGGGAGUGUUACGCGGAGUGUCUUCUUCAACAUCCGCGUGACUGCUCGGCGUUCAACGAGGACCAACAAAGUGAUUAGUAAUCGUUAAUCGAAGUUGUGAUCAUGUAUAAUCUGAUAACCGUGGAGAUUGGUAAUCAGUAAUUAUUCUAUCGUGGUUCCCCGCGAGACAUCAAACCAUCCUCGUGGACGGAACUCGCGUGGAAAACUUGGCUUGAUACUAAAGGAGAGCAGGUGUACGAGGGAUUUUGUUUUUUCUACGUUCGACUGUCGCGCUCGCGAGUUCUGUUUCGCUGUUGGAGGUGAUCUGCUUUGGAAGCAUCGUACCACGCGAGAUCGAGCGGCAAGUUCGAGCUUGCCGUCAUCGACUACGUCGCUCGAGUUUGCACGACGUUGAUGAGCAGAAACGACUUGGCGUCCGAAAGUGCGCUUUGCGAUGGUCUAGAGGCUAAUACGAAAGUUCCCUAAUUUCACUUCGGCGAAGAAAGUGCCUUGAUGCACGACUACGCGUGUUUGACGUGCUCUCGUCGAGAGCUCGACGCUCCGAGUGAUUAAGACUGACUCCUCACGCGUAACUUGUAGCCGGACUAUCGCACACCACGUGUCUUCGUCAAAGCUGGCAGUGAAUCGGCCAACCAUCCGAACACCACAGCGGCUUUCCUUCCGAGCGACGAGCGUAGCGAGAAGAUGCAACACGCAUGAGUCAUCGGCCGAGAGCCUCUCGCGAUCAACGAACUCGUCUCUAUCGACGUCCGCGGUCGCUGUUCCGCGGCCCGCGACCACGCCGCCGCGACGGUCUCACGUCCGCGGAGAUCUCACGCGCGAUUCUCAACGUCCUCGAGGAGAUAGAUCGUCGCUGGUCGGCGAGAUAGUCGCGCGAAGGCCGACGACUCCCCCCGAGUCGGAUUGCUCCUGACGCGAUUGCUCGAGCUCGCUCUUAGACUGGAGCUGUACUUGCCGUACGCACCACUGCCGGGGGGCGGCGGUAUCCUCCCGGCGGUGAGCGCCAGCGGUUCCGGUGGCUGUCGUCCGGUGCUGCUGGGUGGCGUCGAUUUGUCCAUGUCGGCAGCGGUGCAGCCGCCGGUCGCGACGCUACCGAGUUUGACCAGCAGCGGCCCGAUCGCGGCCCACAAUUCCCUGCAUCACACUUCCGGCGGCUUGGCCCUGCCGCUGGGUGCUGCGGGCCCACCGGUGAUGAUGCCGCGGCCACCGCCGGGUGCCAUGCCGCCGCUAGGGCCGGCAUUGCCGUCGACUCAUCAGGACGAAGACUUGGCCGACGCGGCGCCUAACCAGGACGUCCUGUUGGCGCUCCUCGCGAGGAACAAGAAUUUAGAAGAACGAGGGAUCAAAACACCAAGCCGUUUUACUAUCAAGGAAGAACCCUCGAUACCAAAGUGCGGGGGAUGCCAGGAAGUUAUUUUGGACAAAUACGUUUUAAGGGUGUUGGAGAGGUGUUGGCAUGCAAGAUGCCUCACGUGUCGGGACUGCGGUGCCAGGUUGACUGAUAAGUGCUUCGCGAGGAACGGUCAUGUGUUUUGCAAGGACGACUUCUUCAAGUGUGGCAGGCGUUUCGGGACGAAAUGCGCGGGCUGCGGCCAAGGUCUGGCGCCUUCGCAGGUGGUACGAAGGGCGCAGGAAUUGGUUUAUCAUCUGACGUGUUUCUCGUGCGCCCUUUGCUCUCGCCAACUGGACACCGGCGACGAAUUUUAUCUCAUGGAAGACAGGAAGCUCGUCUGCAAGCCCGAUUACGAGCAGGCAAAGGCGAAAGAAUUAGCGGACGGGGGAAGUAUAGACGGUGAUCAACCUAACAAGAGGCCGCGAACGACGAUCACGGCGAAGCAACUCGAGACUCUCAAGCUGGCGUACAACACCAGUCCGAAACCAGCGAGACAUGUGCGAGAACAGCUGUCUCAAGACACCGGCCUCGAUAUGCGCGUCGUUCAAGUCUGGUUUCAAAAUAGAAGGGCGAAAGAGAAGAGGCUGAAGAAAGACGCUGGUCGGACAAGGUGGUCGCAAUAUUUUCGCAGUAUGAAGGGUUCCGGUGCUGGUGGUCACUCGCCUAGGCAUGAUAAGCUUCUCGACAAGGACGAGCUGAAGGUAGACUUGGACUCUACUUUUGGUCAUCACGACUUGAGCAACGACAGCUACGGCACGGUGGUGAACAUGGGCCUGGAUGGCGAAGGUGCGAGUCCAGGCGGCGGUGGUAACGGAGCCGGGAGUGGGCCACCCCGUGGUUAUCUGGGUGCGACGACACCGCCGUAUCUCUCAACGUCCAGAUCACCGUCCUUACCUCAGUUCCCGUACCCGCCAGAUGCCGGUCUCUCGGUGUACACCACCCUCGGGGGACCGGGCGGCAUGGUGCCAGGACCAGCGUCGGAUCUGAGCAACGAGUCCAGCGGCGGCGGUGGCGGCGGAGGUGGCGGCGGCGGCGGUGGUAGCGGCGGUGGCGGCGGUUACCCCGAUUUUCCGCCGUCGCCGGACUCCUGGCUCGGCGAGCCGCCACCCCCGCACGCUCACCACCAUUCGCACUCCCACUCCCAUUACGCCACAUAACCCGUCAAAACCGCGCGCCGCCAAAUACCGUAUAGAAUAACGUGCUACCGGCGCGGAGCGUGCACCUGACGCCGGCGAUCUUGCCGUCGUCGUCAUCGUCGUCGCUGUCGUCGUCGUCAUCGUCGUCGCUGUCGUUGUCGUUAUCGUCUUUUUGCGAAGAGAAAAGCGCCAGUAAUCUUCACUUUUCGCUGAACAUUUGGGUCACCCUGAAUAAGGUGUAUCGUGAAGUCUGAUACAUUUCCAAGGGGUGUCUUCCCGUGUAAGCCACUUGGUCAUUUCUUCAGGAAAAAUCUCUUUUUUGACACGUUCUGUGUUGUGCCAAUUUUAUGCGCUUUUCCAUUCUCGUCGCGUGCACUAUCGAUAAUUAUAUAUCAAUUAAUGAUAUUAUGACAAAAUCUCCCUUAAUAGCGAGAAGACCAAGAUGUGUCCACUGAUAGAUCGUGCGCGACACCCAACGUGUUGAUCGAUAUCUUUUUCUUAAUUAGGAUGAUUAUCGUUAAUCUAAUUCUAAUUAAGAAGAAGAUCUUGACAUUCAUACUUUUCAUCGUGUAAUUCUAAAAACAAUAAUAUACGUUAUUUCAGUAUUUCGUUAUUUCGAAAAUCGUGUAAGAUGAUGUCGCGAGGAAGCUAUUGAAGAUAGCUCUUGGCGAAAACGACGCGACAUCUUCGACGUCGGCGACAGAUUGUGAUCGACAUCGACGUCUCAUACGGCUUGCGUGUGUCUGUAUUGUACGAAGUUAUUCUAUACCGGUAUUUUACACCGUCCCUCUCGAUCUCUCGUCAUCCAAGCGGCCGUAUCGACGCCGUUUAACGUUACACUUAAUGGCACACGUAUGAUUCGCAUUCGAUACUACGAUUAAUCUAAAUAUAUUUAUGUACAAGUUCCUCGUUUCUCGGUAUUACGGAGUUUAAUUGUCGAAUAAUAAAAUAGGAGGUAGUGUUAAACGCGUCCCGAACUGUUCGAUACGCGGAUCGAUUCGUUGUGACCGGAUUGUGAGAGGAGCUCGAUAACCAACAUCGUUGACGCCGAACGACCAAUUGUCAAUCAACUUCAGUUUAGUCCAUUCCGUUCUAAACAGUUAUUACAAAACUAGUCGCAAAGAUUGCUCAUCGGAACAAUUUUGUUUUUUCUAGACAGCACUAAGAAUCUGGAGAAUAACGGAAUUAUUCCUAUCGGGAAUAACGGACAACAGAAUUAUUCCUAUAGGAUCAAUUUCACAAUAACUGUCCUGAUCUUUAACAGGUGCAGAAGGCUAUGUUUCCACUUGCAAUAAAAUUCUUCUCGCAAUACAAUUGUUUCACAAAGUAUAAGAAAGAAAAAAUUUGCAGUUCAAUUAACGAGUGAUUUUACAGUCGCAGAGUCUCGGCAUACGAUGCGUUCGUCCAAUUGGCUCGGAUUCGCACCAUCACGACGAAUACGAUAAUCCGUAUGACCAUACCGCAGCUUGAGCCCGAUUUCCAUGAAACAAGUUUUUAAAGAACAUCAAACGAUAAUUGGCAUAGAUCCAUGUCAGUUUUAGCGUGUCUACUGCUCGCAGGAAGACGUGAAUGCGAGAAAUUUCGAAUCGUCGAUCGAAUCGAAUUUCCGUCUUUUCUUAUUGUGUAUAGAGGCCUUGUACGUAAUAUCUUCUUUUUGUCUUUAAGACUCUCGAGGAUAUCGAGAUAGAACACUGUGUGUAUGUGUGUGUGGCUGGGUGAGUGUGUGUAUGUGCGCGCGCGUGAAUAAUCUGAAUUUUUAGCAAGAUUGUCAUCUUGCUAAAUUGUCUGGUUGUGUUAGUGAAAGUCGGAGACUUGGAGCCUGAAAAUCGGGCGUGCGUUGGCGAUCUACCUUGCUUGCGUGUGACGCUAGAACCUUGAGAUGUGUAUUGUAAAUAGUACGAAUUAUAAACUCAUAGGGAAAGUCGAUCCGAUUUGAGGACGUCUCCGAUUUUGAGUAUUGUUCUUCAAGUUCGGAAAAUCGAAGUCUAACUCGCAGUGACCGCGUACACAUGGACCAUCGGUUCCAUGCGAGGCAGUUUUGCUUUCUUUUAUCUUAGAUUCGGUGUGACCAAAGUGUUAUAUUUUACAGAAAUAAUAUUCAAAAUCGAGUGAAUCUGCUUCAGAAAUUUUUCUUCACUAGUUGAAGUUUAAGCAAGAGGAUCGACGUGCGAAAGUCACGAGUGCGAGAUGCUCGUUACGUUGUACACUCUUUUGGACACUCGCGACGAUUGUAACAAGCGAAAUACGCGGAGCGUUAAAUUAUCUUUAUUAUUGUCAUUAGAACAAAACUGAUCGCCGCUUCUCUCACGGAUUCAAUUACAAUGCGUUGUUGCUUUCGCGCGUCGAUCUGCACGGUCAACGAUCAAAAUUACAUUAACUUUGAACCGCACCUCGCUGCUGAUCGAUUAACGAGGUCAACGUAAAGCCGUCGAUUAACGAUAAUUCAUAAGCGACUCGCCAUUGUGUAUACAGAGAGAAGAAGUCGGGAGGCUGUUCCCGUCUCGUAAAUCGCAAGACAUGUUAAUAAUCAAAACAGAAGAGAAAAAAGUUGAUCGACUUGAAUAUACGAUAAGUACUAAGCAUAAAACGCAGUAAUGAUAUAUGAGGCACGUUUGGAUUCACAAACACAAUUGUUUUCUUGUUCUUCAAUCAAUUGACAACGCAAAACAUCCUCAUAGAACGCCCACAAUACACACACAUAUACAUAAUGUUGCUGGAUAUUUCAUCUUAUAUUAUACAUAUAACUCUUUUUAUAUCGUAUAUAAGAUGAAAUAUACGAAUAUAUAUCAUAUCUCAUACUUUAUCGUUGUAAUUCUUCCAACUUUCCUCAUUAUGGUUCUAUGGAUUAGUUCUAUUGAGAAUGUUAUCAACAGUUACUAACAUAUAUCGUACUGUAAUUGAUCUACGUGUCUCAUAUUUAUUAUUAAGCGGCAUGCUUGCGUGCAACAUGAGCGGAAGCAGCGGCAGAGACGUGAGAACGUCACUGUAGAAUUGUACAUAAAAUCCUUCGGUAUUCCGCUCCCUCCUCUAUCGUCCCUCCCGAUACUUCCCCUCAUUUUUCUCUAAGCAUUCGUUCUACCAGCGGGUGCGAUUGUCGCGAAGGCGAAGGAAGGAAACGGAUGAGAAAGGUAUAUUAGACUAGUAAGAGAGAUUAAUGUUGUACAGUAUAAGAAUCGUACUUCUCCGCUCUUCGCCGGGUGUGCGCGCGGCCGUAGAAAUUUGUGUGUCCGGCGCAAUUCGUACACUUCACAUCACUAUGAGUUAUUACGGAUCUUUAUAUUAUUAUCUAGUCAUGGAGUGAUAAUAAAAAUUCUAUCAUAAUCUUA